CCAACGCGCGACUCCAGUGUGCCGCACGAUCGGGUCUGACUCACUCUACACUCCCUCAUCCUUGUACUCCCGCGACCAGGAAAUACAAUAUCGUUCGCUACCCCCGAGCAACACCCUGUGGAGGUUGGCGAUUGGUACCGUUUGUCCUGGAACCGCUAUAGGUCGAAGGAAACAUAACCUCGCGAGGUAUUUUCAUUUGCUGUGGAGGUUUGCCCUGAACCCGCUACUGUCUGAAGGAAAAUUACCCUCAGAAGGUCGUAUGUUUGCCUGAUACCUUGGGAAAUCGUUUAUUGCUGAUCGGAAAAUGUACGCGAAAGCGGUGACGCUCGGUAUAGUUCUAGUGUCGGCUCUGUCCUCGGUCGUCUACGCCUACUAUGAGUACGAUGAUGGAAACGCACUGUUGUACCUAUCACAAUAUGGCUAUAUUGCACCCACAAGGAAAAACUCUAGCAAAUUAGUGGACGAGUCAUCGUACAGAAAAGCUAUAGAAGAUUUCCAAGCAUUUGCAGGCCUGAAAGUGACAGGUGAACUGGAUGAUACUACGAAGGAAAUAAUGACCUUGCCCAGGUGCGGUGUGAAGGACAAAGUAGGGACUGGAGACAACAGGGCUAAAAGAUAUGCACUACAGGGGAGCAGAUGGAAGGUGAAAGACCUCACUUACAAGAUAGCAAAGUACCCGGCAAAACUGAAGCGCGCUGACGUGGACAAGGAGGUCCAAAGAGCGUUCGACGUAUGGACCGAAUACACUGACCUCACGUUCAAGCCCAAAAGCGGUCAGGUCCACAUUGAAAUCAGAUUCGAACACGGCGAGCACGGAGAUGGAGAUCCUUUCGAUGGACCUGGGGGAACUCUAGCUCACGCUUAUUUUCCAGUAUUUGGUGGAGAUGCUCACUUUGAUGCUUCUGAAAACUGGUCGAUCAACAGUUACAGAGGAACGAACCUCUUCCAAGUAGCUGCUCACGAAUUUGGUCACUCUCUUGGUCUCAGUCACUCUGAUGUGAGACAGGCACUUAUGGCUCCGUUCUACAGGGGCUAUGACCCUAUUUUCAGUUUGGAUUCAGACGAUGUGGAAGGUAUUCAAGCACUCUAUGGCAAGAAAACGAAGAAAACAGGAGGUCCUCGUUUCGAUGACGUUCCUGACGAUGAUCAAGAUGGCGAUUUUGACAAUACUCACAACAAUCCAAGAAAAACACCAGCUCCAUCAGUUCCAGAUGAAAACCUCUGCAAAGAUCCCACGUUUGACACCAUCUUCAACUCUGCGGAAGGAUUCACUUACGUAUUCAAAGGCGACAAGUAUUACAAGCUGACUGAAGAAAGUAUAGCUCCUGGAUAUCCUAAGAAGAUCUCAGACAACUGGCCUGGAUUGCCUGGCAAUAUUGACGCUGCAUUUACUUAUAAGAAUGGGAAGACUUACUUCUUCAAAGGCUCAAAAUACUGGAGGUAUAAGGGUAAGAAGAUGGACGGUCUUUACCCCAAGGACAUCUCAGAAGGCUUCACUGGAAUCCCAGAUGAUCUAGAUGCAGCUUUAGUAUGGAGCGGUAACGGAAAAAUCUACUUCUACAAAGGCGGCAAAUUCUGGAGGUUUGACCCAUCACAAAGGCCACCAGUCAAAAGCACGUAUCCGAAACCAAUCAGCAACUGGGAAGGUGUUCCCGACAAUAUGAAUGCUGCCUUCCAGUGGACCAACGGAUACACGUAUUUCUUCAAAGAUAACGCUUAUUAUAGGUUUAACGACCGCGCAUUCGCGGUAGACCAAACGACUCCAGCCUUCCCAAGGUCGACGGCGUACUGGUGGUUCGGUUGCACGAACGCGCCAUCGGGAACGAUCGCACCUAGUGAGUCGAAGAAAGAGUGGCUUCGUACUGCCGGUACUGCUGAUGGUGAGGAGAGCUACAGCGACGGAAGGUGGCAGAGUGUCAAUGAGACAGACGCAGAAAACUACCGGAGAUCACCCAGGCACUGAAGCCGAGAGCAAACCAUUUUUUGUUAUAAGGGAGCAUCACGAGAGGUCGGGGUCUGACCAACUGCCUUCGAACCUGGAUUCUGACAGGAGUUCGACGUCGCCUGUUGCAGUGAAACCAGCACUGACGAUACUAGUAACGCUAGCGAUGACGUGCCUGACUGCCCUUUGGUAACCUGAUCUUCUGAUCGUGUGAUCGCCGUCCAACAGGAAGCGAAUCGGUCGUUUUAUAAACGGAAGAGCGCUUUGACUGGAACUGUAACCAAUAACGAGCGUGUGUGAUUCCUUUCGGAUAAGUUGUGUUGAGUCUGUUAGCCAAAUGUUAACGAUAAGUAGACCAUUUCCAAUUGCGUGUGUCGUAUACCUGAAAUCUAAGCUGUUCAAGAAUGAUGAGAUGAUGGAUAUGUCUAAUUAAAAAAAUAAUUAUACAGGAAGAAAUAAGAUUCAUAGAAGUCUCUUAACAAAAAAAUGUAUAUUACCUUGUAAGGAAAAGCCCUAAAAAACAUACAGCUAAACAAAAACAAAAUGUCACUCAUAACAGGACCGAUUUGAAGAAGGUUUUACUUUAGAAGGCUCCUUCAAUCAAAGAUGUGAUACUAUCAAAAGUGAUGUACCUAUCUGAUAAAAAAGCCCGUCUCUUAUUUCAUUUAUUUGAUAGCAGUUAUACAAUUUAUCCUCCGCUCUCAUUACCAGGGUAAUCAAAUAAACAAACGAUUUUUGAUUGAUCGAGAGGAUCAUGAGAUAGACGAUUUUUAUGAAAUGGUAUGUGGUAUAAGUCUGCUAUGCACAAUAUAAGGCUGGUUUAGUUAAUGUACAUUGUAAAUAAUUAUCAAAAUCAGUAAUUGCGGAGGCAAGUCUAGAACUUAGACUCUUCACGUACUCACUUCAUUUGAACUUCUUUCAUCAUUUUCAUUACCAUUUAUAGCCUUUUGUACAUAUCGAAGUGCCUUAAAAUAUCAAAAAAAUCUGUAUUGUUAGUCACAUUAUUUACGUAAUUUGAAGAUACAAAAGUACGAAGAAAGUCAAUAUUGUCAGCUUCAAGGCUUAUAUUUCUCCAUACAUUUGUAUCUUUAGAUGCCUUAUUUUUCAAUAAUCUCUCGCUAAUAUCGAUGCGAAUUGUACUGAAUAUUUAGUACUAAAGAAAUUCGAGGACCCAUCAUCUCAUCAAUCGUGGAACAUUAUACUUUUUGGCUGUGAUUUCAGGUUAUCAUAUUAUUUAGAUAGAGUGACCUGGCAUAUAAAGAGACAGUUACUAGGGUUUGAUACGUUCCAGUGAAAAUUAAUUAUCAUUUAAGUAAGCUCCAUAUCAGUAAGUCAAACAAAUGGUACGCUUUUCUUCCAUCUGACAAUUAAGAAGACGAAGAUAUGUAUUGCAGCAAAAAAGAAGUCGUGGAAUUGAUUACCGAAAAAGGAUUGUGUAACUAAUUUUAUGUAUGCAUACUUAUUGUUUCGUUCUUUAGUUUUUAAUAGUAAUAAUUACACAGAUUAACAGUAAUGGCUGUAGCCGAUUUCAACAACAAGGCCUUCAACAAAUUCACGAUUUGCCUUGGAGUCUUUUAUUGUUAACGAUAAAUUAAUCUCCAAAAAUAAAAUGUACUGUGACCUAAGCAAUACAUAUCUACAAAAAGUAUAUACAUAGCAUAUAGGAAAACUGACAAUUCAUUGACUGUGCAUAUUACUUUACGUUCACAAGAAUAUAAUAGAGUUCAUUGUUUUAAAUGAAGCUAAUAAAUUGAACGUAAAUUUGGUAAUAAUCCCAGUGUUUAAUUUUCCAUAAUAGUAUUACCUCAUCUUAUUAUUUAGCAGGUAAAUGUUUAGAUAGCUAACAUUCCUCCGUUUUGGUCACUCAGACUACAAAAAAUGUGUAAGGUUUAGUGUUUGUUUGUGAUCUAGUACUUAUUUGUUAUUAAAUUGUAAAUACAAGAUUGUUGAGGAUAAAUUAAGUGGAAUUUUCAUUAAAUACGUACAAUAACUUAUUAAGGAUUCCGCAAUUUUGAUAAUUUUUUUACAAGCGAUUUGCGUAUAUCAAUAUGAAAAAAUUACGGUGUUCAUAUCUGUACUAGAACUAUGAUGAAAUAUAAGCAAUAAAUUAUAUUUUUUUCACAA